CCUCCCAGGGACGUCCCGGGUGUUUCUGGUCUUCAAAAUCUGGUGUCCUUGUCUUAAAAACCCUUUCGCGCUCUUCCAAAGCCAGGGAAAAACCCAUUCCUGGGGGUUUGUGGCGAUGUUGCAACAAUGGAGCAGCUUUCUCGAGCAAUGGAAGAAUACCCACCUGAGCAAUCGCUCUCCUUUCAUGGUGGGGGGUCUAAAUCUCGUUGCCCAUGGCGCCGAUUGGGUAACCCAUCUUGGAAACGCCGUAGAAUCGCUAGGAAACAAUGCCAACCAGGUCUUCCGACAGGGCUUGUCCCGUUUUUCUGGCUUUGACGGCCAUGGGUCGAGCGGAAGUGCGCCUUGGGCCCGUGUCUCAUUGAAGAAAAGGAACCCACUUGAGCUGGCCGAGCGCCGAAGUAAUCAGGUGAUGGCUAUAGGCGAUGUCGAGGAGAGGCUCGCCGGCGUGCCUGUUUAUGCUUUGAUCAAUUCGAACGAGGAUUUCGUGUUGGUUUCGGGCGCGAAGACGGGAAAGUCUCUGGGGCUCUUAUGUUUCAGGGAAGAAGAUGCUGAACGCCUUCUUGAUCAGCUGAAAUCUAUGGAUCCUGGAAUGCGAGAAGGAUCGAAGGUGGUCGCCGUAGCAUUGAAUAAGGUUGUUCAACUUAAGAUUAAUGGUGUUGCCUUCAGGUUUGUCCCUGAUCCCACUCAAGUGGCAAAUGCACUUAAGGACAACAGAAAAGAUGAGGACGAUACUGCCUUCCCUGGUGUUCCUGUUUUUCAGUCAAAGAGUUUGGUGCUGAGAAGCCAGGGUAAAAGAUACCGUCCUGUCUUCUUUAAAAAGGAGGAUUUGGAGAGGUCGCUUUAUCUUGCUUCCCGUGACCGGAGGGGUCUAAACCCAGGAUUCAGGCAUGGGGACACUGAGGUGCAUGUCAUGGAGGACAUAAUAAAAGGGAUGAUGGAGGAUCAUGCUUCAAAAUGGGAUGAUAUUAUAUUCAUCCCACCUGGGUUCGAUGUUUCUGCCCCAGAGAGGUGAGAGGAUUUUGGAUGUCUGGAUGUUUGUAUUGAUCUAAUAGGUCAACAUCCUCGCCGUUGCAAGCUUUGUCAAAGGGUAACGGUAUGAAAUGCUGCAAUAAUGCUUCUAAUCAGAUUAGGUAGCCUAAAGUUUGUUUCAGGUAGAGAUGUCGCAUGUGCUGGUUAAGGUGGCCGUUGAGAUUUUCAUGUUCUUUUUUUUUUUCCCCUUUAUUCCCUCUUCCUCUGUAUAUUAAGCUGACUGUUGCUUUGGUAGAUUAGUUCAUGUUGGUGCUUCCACAAGAGAAGAUUGUUAUUUCACAUUUUGUUUUUUCACUAUUUGAGCCAAUUUUCCUUUCAUA